AUGCCUCAGAACAAGCAGAAAACAUCAUUUAUUUGGAAUUUUUUUUCCGAAAAACCUGGUUCGGAUAAUUUAGCCACAUGUGACAUUUGUAAGCAAGUUUUUAGUUACAAAUCAAGUUCAAAUAACUUAAGAAAACAUAUGACCCGAAAACAUCCACUUGUUAAUAUAAACACGGACAAAAAUUUAAAAAAAGACAGACCGCAACGAUUUCGCUUCAGAUCGCCUCAAAAUGUUCAAGCUCAACCGUCAACAUCACAUGAAUCCAUUGAUAAGCCAGUUGCUGUAUCUGAUGAUGCUCAUGUACAAGCAAAUAAAAGCCAACAAAUUUCUUAG